GGCUGAAUAUGUCAGUGUGUGACCAAAUGCCCUCAUGGGUCUGCCACCACUGGUGUUGAAUCUGCCACACCUCCCCCCUUCCUUCCUCUUCUACUUCUGAGGCCACUGGCUGCUCCAGUUCACCCCACCAAUCCAGUGGAGCCAGCCAUCUGGGCAGCCUUCCAGACUCUCACAUACAGCACAGGAUGCAGCAAGCAGCAAUAAGCGUGGGUGGGAAGGCCACAGCUGUGUCAUUUCUUUUCCAAAGGUAGCACCAGCAGCCCCUGAGCCACAAGAAUGCCCUGUCCAUUGUGUCCGGGGCUAACUGAACAGCCUGACCAAACCAUUGUUGCCCCCGGGAUGCUCCUACCCCACGUGCAAAAGGUUUCAUUAACCAUGGGAACAAGGGGUACCUCCAUACACACUUAGCCUCCGUGCUCCAGGGAACAGCAUGCCCUCAGCCUGGGCCACCCAAUGAGUCAGUCCCAAUGCUCCCUGUACCUGGCAGAGGUAGGAUGGCACCCUUAGGCAGUUUGUGUCCAGGUCCUCUCUAGAAAGGGCCUCCUGGACUGAGGGCCAGUAGUAGGCCGGGAGGCCAUCGUUGGGGGCCACCAUAGUGUGUGCAGGCAUUCUAACAGCCCAGCGAGAGGCUACAGAAAACCACCACUGGGGCCAAAUAGUCUGCACGUGACGGGGGGCCACACUACCGCCUCGAAAACAUCUGUAUGACGUUACAGACUGCGGGGUGGGAGGCACCAAAGUUGGGAACGACAGCGUCGAACUCGCAGCAGCCGUGAUGGCUAGUCGCGCCUCCACCGCGAUGGCGCUCCGCCUGUCGGUGUCCCAGAGCAGCGCUUCCACCCGGUAAUCCAAGGUUGCCCUUCCCCCAGCGGGACUGUUCCACCCCUCGACUUCGCUCAAGUCCUUCCUCAGCUCGCGGUCCCAAAAAGCGCAGGAGCGUGCCUUGGCUCACAGGCGGCGCCUUUGGGCCAAUGGGGUGGAGACCGAACCCCGGGGCCGCCGCCGAAAAACUGGUCCGCUCCUGGAUUUCACGGAUGCUGCCAGCCCCGGACGUGGGGUAGUGACUCAGGGACUGGGCCCUGCAGGGGGCUGAGGGGACUUGGGAGGGCUGUCCUCCCCAGAAGCUAGGCUCUCCUGCCCCUUCUCAUCUUCUGCACCACUGUCCUGGACCCCGUAGUUGGUGGCGCACCCACACUCCAAGGCCUGGGCGAACCAGAGGAGGGAGAAGCGCAGGGCCCUGCGCACAGCCCGGCGUCCAUGGAGGGCUUCCCGGCGCAGACCGUCCUGCUCUCGCCGGUGCCGUUCCCUCUGGAGACGCCGAGAGGACAGAAGACAGUGCCACAGCGCCCCCAUCCAAUGCCAUUUUGGAAACUUAUGUUCCUUCUCUCUCAACUUCGAAAGAUAUAAAGUUGGCUGAGAGAAGACAAGAUGGCGCCGAGCCGGAGAAAUUAGGAAAGGCAGGGGUAUACAUUAUGCUUCGGAAAUGAAAGCGUAAACAAAGGCACGAAAGGUGUAACUGCGCAGCCCUACAGCUCUGGCACGAUUUAAAACUCCAACAGCAGGCUGCGGCCAAAACAAGGUCUCUCGAAGAGACCUACGCUAUUCAAGGCGGGUGGUGGAAGACAGAACGGCAAAUCAAGGUCUGCCCAGCUAAGUUGCGGGAAAAGAAGAGGCGUGCCCAGAGCGCGCAUGCGCACAAUAAGUCGAUGGCGUUCUGGAGAGACUGGCGGAAGCAAGCUUUGCAAUAUGGCGGCCGAGGUGGAUGGGUCGCUGAAACGAGUUCUGGUGCCGAUUCUUCUACCUGAGAAAUGCUACGACCAACUUCUCGUCCAGUGGGACUUGCUUCACGUACCCUGCCUCAAGAUUCUCCUCAGCAAAGGCCUGGGGCUAGGCAUUGUGGCUGGGUCACUUCUGGUAAAGCUGCCCCAGGUGUUUAAAAUCCUGGGAGCCAAGAGUGCUGAAGGGCUGAGUCUUCAGUCGGUAAUGCUGGAGCUAGUGGCCUUGACUGGGACCAUGGUCUACAGUAUCACCAACAACUUCCCCUUCAGCUCUUGGGGUGAAGCCUUGUUCCUGAUGCUCCAGACAAUAGCCAUCUGCUUCCUGGUCCUGCACUACAGAGGACAGACUGUGAAAGGUGCUGAGGAUUUACCCGAGUGUUGCUUUCCUAGCCUGCUACACCCUGGUCCUGCUGACACUGCUCUCACCGCUGACGCCCCUGGCUGUGGUCACCCUGCUCCAGGCCUCCAAUGUGCCUGCUGUGGUGGUGGGGAGGCUGCUCCAGGCAGCCACCAACUACCACAACGGGCACACAGGUCAACUCUCAGCCAUCACAGUCUUUCUGCUGUUGGGGGGCUCUCUGGCCCGGAUCUUCACCUCCAUUCAGGAAACUGGAGACCCCCUCAUGGCUGGAACCUUUGUGGUUUCCUCCCUCUGCAACGGCCUCAUCGCAGCCCAGCUCCUCUACUACUGGAAUGCAAAGGCUCCCCACAAACAGAAAAAAGAGCAGUAGGGCUGAGUCCAUUCCAUUCACCCAUCCAACCUUAG